AUGGGGACCCAACUUUUCUGUCACACUAAUGAUAAUCAUAAAAUUUUUAUACAAAAUCAUCACCACCAAUCGGUUUCUACAUCAAUUACAUCAACACAAUUACCUCUAUCACCUUUAUCACCAACAACUCCACUUCCAACAAAAUCACAUUUUAUAUCACAGAAAACCUCACCUCCACAAUCGCCACCAUUAAGUCCAUCAAAAUCUUCACGUUUACCGACUCAAUUACCCAGAGUAGGAAAACAACGUCAUAUGAACGAAGUUCUUCAACAUUCUUCAAACUCAAAGAAAAUAAGAAAAAGAGAACAAUCUGAAGUAGGUACCGAUACAACUCAUAUAAUUAGUAAUAAUACAGCAAAUCGCUCAGUAGGAAAGAUAAAAAUUUUAAAAAUUGACAAUGACAACAAUAGCAAUGCUUUAUCUUCCACCACAUCGUCCUUCUCAAAUUCUACCACAAACUCAAAUGAUUUCAAUUCUUUAAUGAAUAAUAAUCACGAAAGAAAAACCCUCAUUAAUAUGAAAGUGCCUUCAACAUACAUUCACAAAGGUCAUUUUUGCCAAGAUUCAUAUAACGGAAUUAUUUUUGGAAAUAGAGAAAGCAUUAACAAUAAUAGCGAUAAUUACGAUCGAAAUUCUGUCGAUUCAGCAGAUAAAAUUUCAUUAGUCGACAGAAUUUGUUCAUUACAGACCUGA